AUGGACAUUGCCAUGCCUUUUCUACCGUGCUUGAAAAAAAAGAAGUCACCUGUGCCUUUAGGCAGGAGUGUCUUUCAAAAACACACCCCACCCAUCCAGCAGAACUACCAGGCCUUGCUGGAGAUGUGCUUGAAGAACAAAUGCCUGUUCACAGAUGACAGCUUCCCUGCUAACAUCAGCUCUAUUGGAACGGGAGCACUGCUAAAGAAACUACCCGGAAAUUUACAGUGGAAGAGGCCACAUGCUUUGCACAGAAGUCCGGUAUUUUAUGCUGCAAACAGAAAGCAACUUGAUCUCUGCCAAGGAUUGGUGGAGAACUGCUGGUUCCUGGCGGCCCUGGAAGCCCUGACGUUCCACCAGGACAUCUUGGCUGUAGUCGUGCCACAAAACCAGAGCUUUGAGAGGAAAUAUGCUGGCAUUUUCCACUUCCGGUUCUGGCACUUUGGUGAAUGGGUUGAUGUGGUGAUUGAUGAUCGCCUGCCGGUGAACGAGAUGGGGGAGCUGGUCUUUGUUUCCUCAGUCUCUAAGAACGUGUUCUGGGGAGCCCUUCUGGAGAAGGCAUAUGCUAAACUCUAUGGCUCCUAUGAAGAUCUGCAGAUUGGGCAAGUUUCAGAAGCCUUGGUGGAUUUUACAGGUGGUGUUAAUAUAAGGAUCAAUCUUGCAGCAGCUCCUCCUGAUCUGUGGGAUAUCCUGACAAGAGCAACCUACAGCAGAUCUCUCAUGGGCUGUCAUACACAUUUAGGGGCCACAAAGGUCCUGAAGAAUGGGCUUGUUGCUGGCCAUGCCUACACAGUAACCGGUAUUAGAAAGGUGACCUGUCAAUGUGGACCAGAAAACCUAGUGAGACUGAGAAAUCCAUGGGGAAAAAUUGAAUGGAAGGGAGACUGGAGUGACAGCUCUUACAAAUGGGAGCUGCUGAGCCCGAAGGAGAAGAUUUUGCUGAGGAAAAAGAAGGACGAUGGAGAAUUCUGGAUGUCUCUGCAAGAUUUUAAGAUCCAUUUUGUAGAUCUGAUGAUCUGUAAAUUAACUCCAGACCUGAUGAGCCAGGAAGAUGGGAAGAAGUGGAUGUACUCCCUGAAGAGUGGGAGAUGGGUUAAAGGAAGUACAGCAGGAGGAAGUCUGGGAUUCUGUAAUGGCGCCUUUUGGAUGAAUCCUCAGUACUGGCUGAAAGUUUUACCAGCUGAAGACAGUAAGAAAAGCCUGGGUUCCUGCAAUGUGGUUAUAUCCCUGAUGCAGAAACACAGCAGCAAACACCGGAACCGAGCUCCUCACCUCUUCAUUGGAUUUUCACUCUACAAGUACCAGGAAAGCAACAGAAAGCUGCCCCCAGCUUUCUUCACCCGACAUCAGCCUGUGAACAAGCACCAGGUCUUCCUUGAUGAGCGGGAAGUGACUCAUGACUUCCACCUGGCACCUGGUAUCUAUGUGAUUGUCCCAUCCACCCUGAAGCCUCAGCAGGAGUCUGAAUUCAUCCUGCGGGUAUUCUCGAGGAAGCAUGUUCUUCGGGAAAUGGGUGGGAACACCAGUUUCACCCUCUCUAAGGAAAUUGUUGAUAGAUAUGAAGGCAAGAUUUGGGAGGAUUUCUUCACAAAGCAUUUUGAACAGAAUCCUGAAAUAAAUGCUGUUCAGCUCCAGAAGAUCCUGAAUAAUAUAUCUUGGAGAAAUUUCCAGAAUUUUCACCUGAGUUUCAGUUUGGAUGCCUGCCAGGGUAUCUUGGCGCUCCUGGAUCUGAAUGCCUCUGGCACACUGAGUAUCCAGGAAUUGAGAGUCCUGUGGAAAAGGCUGCUUUUCUAUUUGGAAGUUUUCCAGAAAGGAGAUGCUAGCAAAUCAGGAAAGCUCGACCUUGUGGAACUGCAUGCAGCUGUACAGGAGACAGGCAUUUCACUCAGCAACAAAGUCUGUAAUUUGAUGGCAAUCAGAUAUGGUGACCCUGACUUACAGAUCAGCUUUGAGAGCUUUGUGUGCUUCAUGCUUCGAGUGGAGAUCAUGGGAGAGGCCUUUCGCAACUUAACACAAGAUGGCAAAGGGAUAUAUCUCCGGGAAUCUGAGUGGAUGAUGAUGACACUGUAUUCCUGA